AUGACAGACAACGGCGUUGCGAAAGCCUGCGCAGUCCUUGGAUUGGCCCCAAACGCGACAUUCGAUGACCUCGACCAGCGGUAUCUCCAGUUGACUUCAUACUGGAGCUCACAAAAAGUCAACAAAUCCAAAGAGAUAGCAAAGAGACAGCAGGAAGAGAUUGAUGAAGCGUACCGGCUGCUGCUCCCGCAUUUCAUCAAGACUCUCGAGGAUGAUCCAAGCCUGGCCAAGGACGAGUACACCAUGAAGCAAGUGAUCAACGGUCAGGACCGCAUCCAAUAUCCCAGCACGAACGACGAUGACCUCUGGGUCCCCCCUUCACGUGCGAAAUCACCAGAAACAGACAUGGACACGGACAUGGAAAACUCAAGCGAUAGUGGCGAUAGUGGUUUGGGCUGCUCGCCUAGAUUCAAUAUUCAGGAGGUUGGCUGUGACAUUCUUGACGCUCCAGAUCGAGCAGUCAUUGUUCACGCGGUUAAUUGUCAGGGUAUAUGGGGCUAUGGAGUAGCAGCUCAUCUGAAAAGAGCGUUGCCACAAGCCUACAACGUAUACCGCUCCCACUGCAGCCAAGUUGAGAAGCCCUAUGACAUCCUCGGAACAUGCCUCUUGAUCCCCCCGCAGGAAGAAGAUUAUUCUCCGAACGUUCAAAAGAAUCAAGAUGAUUCGAAACCAGCAAGACCCGUGAAAUCGAAGGGUGCCAUAUCAGGAAAACGUUUAUGGGUUGCAUGUCUCUUCACAAGUGUUGGAUACGGGAAAGCAUUCAUGGCCGCGAACAAUCCAGGAAAAGAUCCACCCGAGCGCAUCCUAAAGAAUACUGGUUAUGCGUUGGAAGACCUCCGAGCGCAACUAGAGGCACAAGGCCUUCCAGAUUCCGAUGAGCAAAUAAGUGAGGAAUGUCCGGAUGAUGAGAAGCCUGGAGAAAUCUGGAGUGUCAAAUUCAACAGCGGAGCAUUUGGGGUGGUUUGGGAAGAGACGCUUCAAAUUCUUGAGAGUGAGUUUGAGGGAUACGUGAAACCUUGGUUUGUGGUAGAAAAGGGCUCCGAAGGCAAAGCUAGGUACAAGGAAGAUGCGACCGAUGUCGAAGACGUCGAUGCCGACUCGAGUGGCGUGCGCGGCCGUCCCAAAAUCCGAUUGACAUUGAAGAGGGGUUGUGGAAACAUUCAGCCAUCUGACGACGAAGAGAUGAGCGAGGCAGACUGA